UGUUUACAAACACGUAUUUCCGUUUGGAAAAUGUUAAUAUUUUUUCGAUUUUCGUCAAAUUAAAGCUAUUUUCUUAAAAAUUUAGUUAUGCGGAUUUGUGCUUUUGUUCAUUUAUACAACUUUAAAGAAAAAAAAAGCUACUUUUAUGCAAGCAGUUUAAAGCCAGGUUCAGUAUGAGUUCAAGGUUUAUAUGCAGUCAUAGUUGUAGCUUGGGAUGGCAGAAGAUUUGUAAAGAUGAUAUGAUGAUGCGUGGGUAACAGUGGGUACGCGUAUCUUAAAAGUACUUCUGGAUAAAAUACCAGCGUUAAACAGCAAGCUGCCGUCAACAACUGCCGGUGUGUCUGCGUCGGAUUAAAAGAUGGGGCCUAAGAAGAUAUCUUUGGAUCGCUAUGAGUCUCCACUAAACUGGGUAGAAAAAUGGACGUAUUUUGCUGGCACAGUGUGGACUAUAUCUUAUCUUGGCUUAUCUGUUUACCGAGACUCUGUCAAAUAUGAACAUGUUUUGCAUCCUGAUGACUUUCAAGAGGGUUGGUCAUGGUUAGGUAGAAAAAAGGACAUUUCUAAUUUUGAGUGGACAUUUUGGUAUAACAUAUUCUGGAAGAUCUGGCCUUGGUAUGCAGGACAUCUUAUAAUUGGCAAGGUUAUGGAAUAUUUCUUUCCUCGGAACAGGAAGUAUGUGUUUUUGGUAUUUUCACUGAUCUGCAUCAGUUAUUUGGGUGGCUUCCUACCACUGGUUCUGUAUUUAGCACAUUGCACUCUGAUGUACGUAGUGUCACUUACUGGAAACACCAAAUUGACAUGGUUUGUUGCCCUUUGUGCUCUCACGACCUUGAACUUUGAACCAUUUAUUUCUAUGAUGAAAUCACUGAUAGAUGAUGAUGAGGAAGAGACUUGGUACUAUUUUCUCAUGUUUACAAUAGCUCUAAUCAACAUUAGAUGUACAAGUUUCUGCCUUGAGAAAUGUUGGAAUUAUCAAGAACAACAAGCAGCUCAAGAAAGCCAGAAUACUGACAUGUACAAAGAGAUGAAGCCUGUAACCAGUGAUAAAAGAGGAUCAGGGAACCAGGCUAAGGAAGGGAGAGAAGCAGUGGGCUACAGCUUUAUUGACUUUCUGUCUUAUGUAUUUUAUCUCCCCUUGUAUUUCACUGGACCUAUACUGACUUAUAAUCUCUAUAAAGAACAGAUGAAUUCUCUGAUACCAGAAAAUCCCAGACCGCACCUGAAAUUGCAGACGCUACAUCUGCUCCGUAUUUGUUUCUGGGCGAUGUUUAACGAGUUCCUUCUACAUUUCUUGUACUUCAAUGCGUUACAACACAACACGGCCGUCCUGCGGUCAGUCUCGCUGUUCUCGCUGGCAGGUUUAGGCUACAGUCAUGGACAGUUCUUUAUGGUGAAAUACCUAGUCAUGUUUGGACUACCCGGCACCAUAGCAAAGUUCGAUUAUUUGAAUCCACCAGACCCACCCAACUGCAUCUCCUAUAUAUAUCUGUACUCGGACAUGUGGAAAUGUUUUGACAAAGGUUUAUACAGCUUUUUGAAAAG